AUGGAUUUCCUUGUGGUUUUCGUCCUGUGCGCCUUUACCGGAACCGUUUUCGGGGACAACGCGAGCAGCAAGCCAAGGAGUUGUUCUGAUGUUAGACAGUUCUACAGCAGCAAAGGGUUCAGUUUAAACGGAGCUCCUCAGUCGGAAAUAUCAGGUGAGCACUUGCGUGUGUGCCCUCAGGGCUACACCUGUUGUACGAGUGAGAUGGAGGAGAACCUGUCCAAUCUGAGCCGUCGAGAGUUGGAGGGACAGGUGAAGGAGAGCGGCCGCACGCUGCAGGGUGCCCUCAACAGCCAGUACAAGAGUUUCGACGGUUACGUCCUGGAGCUGCUGAACCGGUCUGAGACCACCCUUCAGGACUCUUUCCAGAAGACGUUCGGACUUCUGUACCUGCAGAACGCGCGGGUUUUCCAGGAGCUCUACACCGAGCUGCGACGCUAUUACCGCGGCUCCAACGUCAACCUGGAGGAGGCGCUCAACGAUUUCUGGGCCCGACUGCUGGAGAGACUCUUCAAAGCCUCCAACCCCGAGUACACCUUCGGCGACGACUACCUGGAGUGUGUGGCCAAACAGUCGGAGACCCUGCGUCCCUUCGGCGAGAUGCCGCGGGAUUUUAAGGCCAAGGUCACUCUGACCUUCAUGGCGGCUCGUUCGUUUGUGCAGGGGCUGGUGAUUAGCGGAGAGGCGGUGCGUAAAGUGUCACAGGUGCCCCUUAGCCCAGAGUGUGUGCGUGCCAUAAUGAAGCUGUCUUACUGCCCUCAGUGCCGUGGCAUGGCCUCUGCCAAGCCCUGUGCCAACUACUGCAGGAACGUCAUGAAGGGCUGCCUUGCCAAUCAGGCUGAUCUGGACACUGAGUGGAGGAACCUGGCAGAUGCUAUGUUGCAGGUGAUGGAUCGACUGAGCACACGGUACAGCAUGGACGUGGUGAUUCUGAAUAUGCCUCUACGCAUCUCUGACGCUGUCAUGUACAUGCAGGACAACCUGGCCUCCUUCAACAGCAAGGUGUUCCAGGCCUGUGGGAACCCAAGGGAAGGUGGAACUCGCAGCACCGGAUCAGAGGAGAACACAAAGAAAAGCAAGGUCGUCACAGAGGAGUCCACAGACAACACCACUCCAGGAGCCAGACUGGAGAAACUGGCAUCAGAUGUUUCCAGAAUGAUCCGUGGCAUGCAGCAGUACUGGGUGCAGCUGCCUAGUAAACUCUGCACGGAGCGCGAGGCCUCCCAGCCAGCGGACGAGGACAAAUGCUGGAACGGCAUGACUAUAGCCAGGUACCUUCCAGAGGUGAUGGGAGAUGGCCUAGCCAGUCAGAUCAAUAACCCUGAGGUAGAGAUUGACAUCACCAAGCCAGACAUGACUAUCCGACAGCAGAUCAUGCAGCUGAAGAUUAUGACUAAUCGGCUGAGGAACGCCAUCAACGGAAACGAUGUGGACUUUCAAGACACCAGUGAUGAUGUCAGCGGAUCAGGAAGUGGAUCGUGCGCUGAUGAUUCCUGCCCUCGGGAACCACGUGUCAACAUCAUCAACGAAGACCGAACCGUGAUCAACGCUUACCCCCCAGAAAACAAGAGAGUGGUGAAGGGAACAGCCAACCAGAACCUUCCCAGCUUUGCUCUCUACCUUCUCUUAUUGGUCACAUUACUGCUUAGGCGAUAA